ACCUCAUGAAUGAGUUCAUUACUCCUGGUGAAGAGAGUGAGGCAGAUACCUGGCUCCUGUAUCCCUGGAGGACACAGCAACACAACACGUCAACAUAUACUAAAUGUUCUGGUACCUGGAUCUUGGAUCCACCAGCUCCAGGACAUGAGAGCUGUGCUUGAAGUGGACAGAAUAUGUGGUUAUGGAACUGCUCGCUGCAGAAGAAAAUGUAAGAAACUAGAAUACAGAAUUGAAAGAUGUCCCAACAGCUAUAAAUGCUGUUUGAAGAAGUGGAGUGGCGAGUUACAGAAAUACCAUACUGGUUCUAACGUCAAUAACAGCAGAGCCCAACGCAUUUCCCUCCCGGGGCCUCACAACUCACAUGGAUAG